AGCUACUCCUCCUAUGGGCUUGCUGAGGUUUUGAAGAGAAAAACAUGGAGGAGCUUCACACAGGCUGAGACGAGACGGAGGGGAGACAGACAGUCAUGCAGAGUGGACGCCACACCACACUCUGACCCUCAGCAACACUGCACACACUGGGCUUCAAGAAUAGAACCGAGAUGGCAUCCAUCCUUGUGCUCCUGGCUGUCAUUGCCACGGUGACGACCAUUGUCAACGGCGAUGGUGCUGUGAACCAGCGGUACGGUCCGGAUGUCAUGAGGGCAGCGGAGUUCGCCAUCGGGUUCCACAACCGCAUGAGUAACUACCCGUAUGCUUACAAGGUCAUCUCUGUGAUCUCUGAAAACUCUCAGAUUUACCCCCCUGCGCGUAUGAAGUACACCAUGACAGUGAAGGUGGGCGAGACAACGUGCAAGAACACAGACAAGGUCAACCUGACCGACUGUAGGCUCCAGACCUCCUCUGAUGCCAAGGCCAUGAUCUGCCAGUUUGUAGUCCUCGCCGUGCCCAACGCCUCCUUCCCCACCAACAGCUACCUGCUCUCCAACAAGUGCAACUGACCCCCGAGACCCACCCUUUACACUAUAGGACCCUCGUCUCAGUAACUGAUUUUGUGUCUGUCCAACAUUAGGAUUUAUUCUUUGAAGUCUUAAUCGUGUCAGUUUCCCGGGCAAAUGGCAUUUUAAUUAAAAUUGUUAUGUAGAUAUUGUAGUUUGAUUGGUGUCAUAGCAUAAUGACCGUUAAGGUACCUUUUAGUCCUUAGGUUAAAUGUGUCCUUUAAGUAGAUACCUACACACACAACAUUCAGAGGAAUAACUGCGUUUAGGGAACAUCCCUCUUCUUCACUGACCUUGAGCACCCUGAGUACAUACCAUAUAGCACAAAUAUUUUGGACUGUGUUCUCAUUACAGCAGCCCACUGAAGAUCAUUGUCCUCAGUACUUCUAAUUGGUUUCAUAGGGACAUCUGAAGCUAACACUUAUGCUAGCAUUAGCAUUGUGGCUAACACAAGUAUUAGGGCUUAUGCUAGCACUAGCAUUAGUGAAUACUGAAGGUAUGCCUACUCUGUAAAUGUUGGUUAUUGGUUAUAGUUUUAUGGCUGUCUAUGUGACCACUUCAUAUGUUAAUGAUGUUUAAAGCAUUAAUAAAAACAUAAUUGGCAAC